CCGAUUGAUUAGGAAAACCUGUGCGGGGACAGGAUCAGAAUUGAGAUUUGGAAGAGUUGGUGUUGGUGAGUUUCUAGCCCGUCCUGAAGGCCUAAUUGAUGGCUGUCACACCAGGACUGCGCACAUUUCCACACAAGCUGAUAUUGGGACGCACAGUUUGAGGCUUUGAAAUUUAAUUUGGUUUACAAAGUCUGGUAUUUCUACAAGAGCAUCCUGGCAUGGAGCUACUGAUCGCCGUUUAUUGACUAUCAAACCAACAGCCUCAACGCUUUCUUGCUUGAAAUCUACAGAACUUUUUUGUGAGAAGAUGACAGAGAGACCGCAGAGCCCGACAGAAGUGGACUGCAGACCCUACGAGGUCAACAGGGCCGUGUACCCUCAAGCGACGGGCCUGGAUGGACUUGGCGGUGCGUCUUUGCAGUUCGCGCACGGCAUGCUUCAGGAUCCAAGCCUGCUUUUUAACAAAGCCCAUUUCAACGGAAUCAGCGCUGCGACACACCAAACCUUCUUCCCAUUUUCAGGCGAUUUUAAAACGAACGAUCUGCAAGGUAGUGAUUUUGCGCAACCCAAACACUGGUACCCGUUUGCUGCACCCGAGUUCACCGGGCAGGUCGCGGGAGCGACGACAGCCACCCAGCCGGCGAACAUCAGCCCGCCUAUCGCUGAAACCAGGGAUCAAAUCAAGAUUCCAGCUGAGGUAAAAACCGAAAAGGAUGUUGAUGAAUACACCAAUGAAGAAAACAAGCCGACGUCACAAUAUAAUCUCACACCGGGGAUAUCAUCCGUGCCCACCGGGGUGAAUUAUUACACACCCUGGAACCCCUCGUUUUGGCCUGGACUGCCCCAUAUUACGGCCCCCGCUAAUAUUUCUCAAGCUCCCCCGACACCCUCCGCAUCAUCCCCAUCGCUGUCUCCAUCUCCACCCGGAAACGGGUUCGGAAGCCUGGGUUUUUUCAACGGAGGCUCCGUGCAAAACAUCCCUUCGGCUCAGGCGCAAAGCGCAGCCAGGAGCAGCGGCUCCUCCAGUGGAGGGUGCAGUGAUUCUGAGGAGGAGGAGAAUCUGACUACAGAGGACUUGGAGCAGUUUGCCAAAGAGCUCAAACACAAGCGCAUCACUCUGGGUUUCACGCAGGCAGACGUGGGGCUCGCGCUGGGAAACCUCUAUGGCAAAAUGUUCAGUCAGACGACUAUCUGCCGCUUUGAGGCUCUCCAACUUAGUUUCAAGAAUAUGUGCAAACUGAAGCCGCUGCUCCAGAGGUGGUUGAAUGAGGCAGAGAAUUCCGAAAACCCUCAGGAUAUGUACAAAAUUGAACGGGUGUUCGUCGACACAAGAAAGAGAAAGCGGAGGACCAGUUUGGAAGGCACAGUCCGUUCUGCUCUGGAGUCGUACUUUGUGAAGUGCCCCAAACCCAACACUCUGGAGAUCACGCACAUAUCUGAUGACCUAGGCCUGGAGAGAGAUGUAGUACGUGUGUGGUUCUGCAACCGUAGACAAAAGGGAAAACGUCUAGCAUUGCCCUUUGAUGACGAAUGCGCUGAAGCACAGUAUUACGAGCAGAGUCCACCACCUCCGCCCCACAUGGGUGGCACAGGCCUCCCAGGGCAAGGCUAUCCUGGACCAGCCCAUCCCGGAGGAGUCCCUGCCCUAUACAUGCCAUCCCUCCACCGACCGGAGGUCUUUAAAAACGCCCUGCACCCUGGACUGGUGGGUCACCUCACCAGCUAAAUUUUAUAGAAAUGCUCCAAGCCAAGCUAUGGAUCAAAUCGGUCAUAUGAUUUAUUUUGAUGUAAACAUUGCAUCUGUUUAUUUGGUUCUUUCCAUAUGUGCCUUGGGACGCUCUGAUUGCACACUAGCAGUCUGAUGGAUCAUUGCAUAAUGGGUGCCUUGUUCAACUAAUGUGUUUGCACAUGAAGCCAUAGGUUCAGAUAUGAUUUUUAUCAGUUUUUAUUACUUUUUGCUCCUGUAUCAAUUUGUAAUGUACAUAUGUUUGUUUUAUUGUUCAAUAUUUGAUGAUUCCCAAAGUAUAUUUCCAUAUUUGUCUCCGUACUUUGUAGUUUUUCUCCACCUUUCUGUGUGAACUGCCA